CAGGGGAAAGGGAAGGGGAAGGGGAAGGGGAAGGGGAAGGGAACAGGGCUUGAGCGGCAUAAGUCUCCGAGGCCGUUGUAUUGUGAGGUUGUUGUUUUCUGUUGGUUAUCCAUCCCCAUCCCCCUUUGCUUUUGUCCCGAAGCGGCCCCGAAAACCGAAUGGCAGGGCACGGGGACGCCCCUUGCACAUGCAGAUGCACCCCACAAGAUCCUGUUUUUAGAAGUUUUAGGAAGAGCCCCUGCCCCCAACUCCCAAGUCGAUAUCUUAUGGCCAGGUUUUAAGAUCCAGAUUCGGGAGAGAGCAAUCUGUUAGAAAUCUGCGGGAUGGCCGGAUCGGGUAUCUGUUGUGCGGCGGCGCAGUUGGUUGUGGGGGGGAGAGAGAUUGUUUCGAGUCCUCUUCCCGACGGGUUUUCUUUGCUGGGAGUCUGGGACGGGACGGGUGCCAGCACUCGAAACGGGUACGCUAUGCAUUUUCUCCGACUACGACUACUGCACUGGAUUUGGAGUUCCCAAUUAUUCGUGGGUUGGUUUACAAAUGCCAAGAGGCUGGCACCCCUGGAGCUGACUGGCGUUGUGGGUUGCACUUUGACCCUCCGAGCCUCCUUGUGAGCCGCUAGCGAUGUUGGGCCAACAUCACGACAGAUGGGAGAUGGGGGACUUUUUUGAAAAGAGUCUGGACGCUGCUCCCAUCUCCCAAGCAGGAAUAACGGAAGUCUGCUCCCGUCUGUUGGCUUGUGUUUUAUGCGACAUGUCCGAGGAGAGUCACAAUGGUGCAGGUUGACCCGUUAUUCUGCAUGGGCUCGGGGGUUGGCGUGGCAUGGCAAGGUUCACAGAGUUUACAGUAUCACGACAAAACCUUCCUCAGCUUGGAUCUGAGGAUAUCUCCGGCCAGGAUGAAGCAAGUGCACUGCGAGGUUCAAAAUCGUCCCAAGAUCUCACAGCCGCGUCGAUAAGGAAAAACACAUCAUCAUUUGGCUGCCUCUAUCCUUGUCCAGCACGCCAUAUUGCUGCGAAGCUUAAGAAUCAAUCACUCUAAAGUGGAAUCAGCAGAAUCCACCUCGCGAUUUUCACCGCAUUGUGGUACUUUGGCCGGUGAUGAAAGCGCGCUUUCCGUACCAAAGAUCCAAGACCAACUCGCAAGGCCAUGGAUAAUUGAUCCACUACUUGCUGGAUCCGCCUCUCCCGGAAGGCCCUUCAAAGGUACCUCGAUCCCUGAGGUGGGCUCUCUUCCUUGAGCCAGAUCCAGUUCAUCAGCAAGAUGGGUCUGUAUGCCAAUUGCAUUACCAAGUAGGGAAAUCAGCUCUUGACAAGCUUUGAAUUUCUAAUAUGAAUGAUGAGGCGAGCUCCGAGAACAGUAUAAGGUGUGCUUGGAACCUUCAAGACCAGGAUUUCCUGCACUUGAAACGACGUUGUUGGACUUUGUUACACUCGCUCAACGUUGGAAGCUUUUACCAAGGCUCUUGAAUACGAGAAACAAAGCUUUACCAAACAUUAACAUCUAGCCUAAGCCUUUUGUUUCAUACAUUCGAACAAUCGAUUGUACUCGGAGGUAUAAACGACAGUUCGGCUCUUUUCACAAUGCCAUCUUCCACAUCCGAUCUUGCGCUUGAGACGCUAUCACUAUCUCAGAGAGAAAACCACACAAGAAAUAUUCUCACAAUGUCACGCCCACAUCUUGAGGCUUCCACGCCAUCUACUCCCGCCUCUCCUCGGUCACCGCUGUCUUAUGCUAGCUCGGCUGACACAGCUUUCACCAACGAUACUGUCGAUGAAAGUACUGUUUCACUUAAUGCACUAGACACAGAAUCAUAUGUUCUGGUAGUUGGAGGUCUUGGCUACAUCGGAAGCCAUACUGUCCUCGAACUCCUGAAGGCUGAUUACAACGUGAUCAUUCUGGACGACUUGAGCAACGCAUAUCUCACCGUGUUGCACCGCAUCGAGAAACUGGCAAAUGAGUACUUCGCUACGCAGAAAAGGUCGAUGCCGUCUCUUAAAUUCCACGAGACAGAUUACCGAAGUCCAGUCGUCAAAUCGAUUCUGUCUCAAUAUGCUCUUCCAUCGUCCUGGAGCUUAGAUCAAGAGACGCCAAAAUCGAGAAUCGCUGGAGUCAUUCAUUUUGCAGCAUUCAAAUCAGUCGAGGAGUCCAUCCGGCAACCACUCAGAUACUACUCCAACAACAUCAGCGGCCUCAUCGAAUUCACAUCCACACUCGAAGACUUCGGCAUCAAAACCUUCGUCUUCUCCUCCUCCGCCACCGUCUACGGCUCCGCAGCCAACAAUGGCAUCCCCCUCCAAGAAGACCACUGCACCCACCACCCCCUCACAACAACCGAUUCCAAAACAGGAAAAACAACAACCACCCCGCCUUCAGUCUCAGGCCUCACCUCCCCCUACGGCCGCACAAAAUGGAUGGCCGAAGCCAUCCUCUCUGACAUCGCCACCGCUGACCCUACGUGGUCUAUAGCAGCACUCCGAUACUUCAACCCAGUAGGCUGCCACUCCAGCGGCCUGUUGGGGGACGACCCCCGCCAAAAACCCACCAACCUCAUCCCCGUGAUCGCGAACGUCAUGCGCGGCAAAUCCCCCUCUCUCAAGAUCUUCGGCACAGACUGGGACACCACGGACGGGACAGCAGUGCGCGAUUUCAUCCACGUGGUUGAUCUCGCGCGGGGCCACAUCUCUGCUCUUGCUGCGGCGAUAGGGGGGAGGAUCCAGGGGUCGUUCCGGACAUUUAAUCUGGGGAGUGGGAGGGGACAUUCGGUUGUGGAGGUGUUGGGGAGUCUGGAGAGGGUGGCGGAGAUGAGGAUUCCGGCUGAGAGGGUGGGGAGACGAGAGGGGGAUGUGGGGUUUUGUGUGGCGGGGGUGAGGAGGGCGAGGGAGGAGUUGGGGUGGUGGACGGUGAAGAGCUUGGAUGAUUCGGCGAGGGAUGUGUGGAAUUUUAUGAAGGUUGAGAAGAGUCAGGCGGAGGAAUCGACGAGGGUGGAGGAGUUGAAAGUAGAUGUGUAGGAUGGGGAUGAUGGAAUAUAUUUGUAUAUAGGUCUAAUGAUAAUAGUAAUCAUGUGUUC